AUGGCGGAGAGAAACGUCUUAUACCAGCGGGCUAUACGAACUUUAAUUCCAUCCCGAAUCAUUAAGCAAUACCAAAGCUACUGUGAGAGCGUAGCUUUUGAGCCAUACAGUGAACGUACACUCUUCCGAAUAUUGGAGGCAUACUCUGCUUCAAAGCAGGUCUCGUCACAAGGACUUGAUUACAUCGCCACAGAAAGUGAGGAAGCUUUCGAUCAGUUGAAAUCCAUUGUAAACGUGCUGCAAGAUAACGGGGUCGAUGUCACCUGGGCAAAUUCUAUCAAACAGGAUCUAAAGGCUGGUAAGAGAUACCUCAAGACGGAUUGUAAAACUCACACGGGCAGCAAAGAGAGAUGUAAAGAUCACUGUACCACAUUUUCGCUCAGUGAUCCGAAUAAUAGUUACUACUCUAGUUCAUGCAACCAUGAGCAUGAAAAAAUCGACGAGAAGUUAAAUGACAAGAACGUUCCCUUGACAGAAGAACAAAGGGCUAGAUCUCAGUAUGACCAUAAACGGGCCAUAAAUUCCAUCCUCUUAUGGAAGGCGCAUUUGCUUCGUAUAGUAGUCCAGGAAAAGGCUAAGCAAGACGUCAUCACUAAUCUUUAUAAAGAAAGCACCCUUUUGAUCAUGGACUGGGCAAUGAAAUUUCUGCCAAUGAAGUUCCGCGAAAGGAUGGACGACUUCUAUGGUAGGCGUGGGGAGAAGCUGACCUGUUCGAUUAAGAGCGCUAGCGAAGAUGAGGACAGAGUUGAGGUGGACACAUUUGUUCACAUCUUUGACUCCUGUACCCAGGAUUGGUUCAGCGUUGCGUCAAUAGUCGAACACGUUCUUAGCGUAAUUAAGAUGGAAGACCCAUCUGACAGAGUUGAGGUGGACACAUUUGUUCACAUCUUUGACUCCUGUACCCAGGAUUGGUUCAGCGUUGCGUCAAUAGUCGAACACGUUCUUAGCGUAAUUAGGAUGGAAGACCCAUCCAUCACCAAAUUUUUCCUACGUUCUGAUAACGCCGGUUGUUAUCACAACACUGAGCUUCUCUUGAGUCUCAGAGCCAUGGGGGAAAGACAUGGAGUGGAGUUUAAGCCCUAUGAUUUCUCUGAUCCGCAAUCCUGCAAAGAUGUUUGCGACCGUAGAAUUGCCUCGAUGAAAACCCACAUGCGACGGUGGGUAAACGAGGGCCAUGGCAUCACUACUGCGGAGGAAAUGAAAAUUGCACUUGAAUCUCAUGAAGGCGUUAGGGGAUGUCGAUUUGCAGUUGUUGAAAUUGAUAAAUCGACCCAAAAUCCACAGGUGAAAAAGACCCCAGGUAUCAGUUUCCUGAACAAUUUUAUGUUCUUUGAUGAGGGCAUUCGGGCAUGGAAAGCAUAUCAGAUUGGGGAAGGUCAUUUUUAUCCGUAUUCUUCCCUUACAACCAAUGCUCAAGGAGCUACAGCAAUAAAAGGUCUUAAUCCGUUUUCGUCACCAUCUAAUUGCUCUGGGGCUUCAGUGGCUGGACAUUCCUCCAUUUCGCCCGGCCUGUUCUUUUGUGAGGAAGAAGGAUGUGUUAAGAUGUUUUCUACCUACAAAGAACUUCAGCAUCAUUUAGAUGCGGAACGCCAUCUCUUCGUGGAGGAGCAAUACACUGCGUACGAUGUCAUCAAGAAAAAGUGGGCCAGCAUCUUAUCAAACGUAAACUUACAGAAACAGCGCACUUUUCCAUCAAUGCAGGCUGGUUAUGAAGGCGUUUUGAAUUGCCAAGAGGCAGUUGAGGGAUGGCCGCUUAAGACCGUCCAAAAGUCAAGCCGGAUGUCCGAAGACGUUAGAAACUACUUAAUCCAAAGGUCCAAUGAUGGAGCAAAGACAGGCAACAAAGCAGAUCCAAAACAGGUUGAACAUGAAAUGAAACAUGUAAGAAACACAACUGGUGGCUUAUUAUUCCAACCUUAUGAGUGGCGUACCUCAAAGCAGAUUGCAAGUUUUUUUCUCAAAUCUCUCAAAGUCUCAGCGUGCAAAGAACAUUGA